AUGUUACCAACAACCGAUACUUUGAAUUCGUCAUCACUCUACCAAAACGCAGUAACUGAUUCUGAUAACAAUGCAUACAGAAAAGUUGAAAAGAUGUACCGGAAACAUCAUGUGAGUAACAAACACGGAAAGAUGGUUGAGGCUGAUUUUCCCGAUACUACCCAAGUUAUUGACUUUCAUAAUUUGGAAAAUAACACUCCAGAAAAUAGACAAGUUCUUGAACAAGUAGUAUUACCAACUAACGAACUCGAUAUGAAAUAUUUCGAAGAAGCACUGCAAAAGUAUAAUUCAUACUUCUCUCAAGACGAAUAUUUGAAAAAUACAAUGCUUUUCACGAAAGAAGAGUUAAUGAGUAAAUCAAUUUAUACCUUUAAAGGAUAUCCUGGAUUUUAUGUAAUUAAGGACCUCAUGAGACCAGAACAGCAAAUUUAUUGGAUUAAACAAGCAUUAGAACAGUAUCCCAAUCCACCAAAUAUUACUAACCAUACUAUGAAACAGGGUGAAAUUUUAGAUAUUUUUAAAAGAAGCGUCAAUGGAGAUGAAGAAGCUAAAUCUUUGCUUAAAAAAUUAGCGUGGUGCACUUUAGGAUAUCAAUAUGAAUGGACAACAAGAAAAUAUCAUAAGGAUAAAUUCGUAAAAUUCCCAGACGACAUUGGAAAUUUUGUUGAAAUGAUUGCAUGUCAAUGUGGUUACGGACCAUACAAACCUGAGGCUGCAAUUGUGAAUUUCUAUUCCAAAGAUCGACUAAUGGGAGGUCAUGUUGACGACGCAGAGUAUGAAAUGUCAAAACCAAUUGUUAGCUUGAGUAUUGGUUCUAAAUCUAUCUUUCUGUUAGGGGGAGAAACAAAGGACAUUGAACCAAAGGCCAUUUUUCUCGAGUCGGGUGAUUGCAUGUUGAUGGGAGGCAGAGCGAGAUACUGCUUCCAUGGCAUUGCUCGUAUUCUCAAAGACACUAUUCCUGCCUAUCUUCAAACAGCACAUGUAGAUCCCCAAUACAAGAGUUAUGCAGCAUAUAUGGAGAGAGACAUGAUGAGAAUCAAUAUCAAUGCUCGACAAGUGUUUGUGGACGAGGAUCAAAAGAAGGAAUUUGACAAAAAUUUACCUUCCUUGGAGUAG